AUGUUCUUCCUACGAUAUCUCGAGCGCGAAAUCAGCAUUCAUCCAUCCUUUUUCGCGGCCAAUGUGAAUGAGAGGCUCAAAGACCAGCUCUAUGCGGAUCUGGAAGGAAGCUGCAAUGGAGAAUACUACAUUGUGUGCAUAAUGGACAUCUACAACAUCUCCCCUGGAAGAGUGAGGCCGGGCUCUGGAGAGGCGCACUUUACAAUCCUUUACCGCGCCAUUCUAUGGAAACCGUUCAAGGGAGAGACGAUCGAUUGCGCCGUCUCCUCUAUCAAGCCCCAGGGAGUCUUCUGCGAAGCUGGACCACUUACUGUGUUUGUUUCAAAGUUGCAUCUUCCGCCUGAUAUGCGACACAAUCCCGACGCCACCCCACCGCAAUACUCCAACAAUGCUGGUGAUGUGAUCGAGAAAGGCUCGGCCGUUAGAGUUCAGCUGAUCGGCUUGCGGAGUGACGUGGGCAAUAUGUAUGCCAUUGGAAAGAUGUCCUCGCAAUGGUUUGGUGUUGCGUGA